UCCCUUCAUCAAAACAUGAUAGGUAGAUCGCAGGCGCGCAAGAAUAGUUUACGGUGUAGCUUGAAGUUACAUCACUUAACCAUGCAAAGGUUUAUUUUCCUUCUGGCGAUCACCAGCUGUCGAGGGCUGUCAGUUUAUGAUUAUUUUAGUUCAGGCGGAAUAACAGAGGGGUUAUCUGCUAACGGUCCUGAAUUUAAGCUUAAUGGAAAGGAGAUCAAGAUUUUGUCAGGAAGUCUUCAUUAUUUCAGGGUGCAUCCUACCAACUGGAGAACGCGAAUGAGACAGUACAAGUCGGCCGGAUUGAACACACUUGAUGUAUACGUUCCAUGGAACCUUCAUGAACCAAGAAAAGAUGUGUUUGACUUUGGAAACCUGGAAACUAGUCAAUUUUCUCCUUUUCUAAAUAUUUCAAGAUUUCUUGAGAUGGCUAUGGAGGAGGAUAUGUUUGUCAUUUUCAGGCCUGGACCUUAUAUUUGUGGAGAAUGGGAGUUUGGUGGCAUGCCUAGUUGGUUACUUCACCAACAUCCUAUGUUUUUCAGAUCAUCGUUUGUUCCUUAUGAAGAGAGAGCUGAGCUGUUUCUUUUAACUUUGUUAGAUCAAGUUAGAGAUUAUCAAUUUUUUACCAAGGAAGGAAGUCUGGGAGGUCCUAUAAUAAUGACCCAGAUUGAAAAUGAAUAUGGGAAUUAUGGGUACACAGAUUAUGUAAGGGACAAGGAGCAUUUACGUUUCCUUAAAUCUGUUCUCAUUGCUGGAGGUAUUGAGUCUCUGCUAUUCACAUCUGACACCCCAACCUUAACCGGAGACUGGGGAAACAUUGAUUAUGAAUUGAUGACAGCAAACUUCAAGUGGGGCUCGGAGGAAGAACUGGCUAGGAUUAAGGAGCUUCGUCCAGAUGCCCCUAUUCUUGUUUCUGAGUUUUGGCCUGGCUGGUUUGAUCAUUGGUUUGAAGAAACCCACAACACAUUGUCUGAACAAGAUUUCAGGACAAUACUAGGGAACAUAUUUAACGCCAAUGGAAGCGUAAACUUCUACAUGAUGCAUGGAGGAACUAAUUUCGGAUUUAUGAACGGAGCAAAUAUUCUUGGGUUCGGAGGUUUGGAGGUGCCUCCGGUUUAUGUUCCAGAUGUAACAAGUUAUGAUUAUGAUGCACCAAUUGGAGAAAGUGGAAGAUAUACAGACAAGUUUUAUGCCACGAAAGAGAUGAUUGCUGCAUAUGAUCCUCUCUAUGAUACUCUUGAUCAUCCUGAACCUCCUGUAAUAAAUGAUCCGGUCGAGUAUACAACCGUUGAUCUAACUGAGAUCAUGUCCUUUACUGAUAUAGUAAAUAGUAUUGAUCCCAGCCUAAUAUCCAGCUUCACUAAACCUAGAUCAAUGGAGGAACUUGAAAUAAAUGAUGGAAAUGGUCAAAGCUAUGGAUAUAUUAUAUACAGAAAAUCCUUGAAGCUACAAUCUGGAAGUAAACUAACCAUUAGAGGACAUAUCAGAGAUCUGGCUCAGGUUAUGUUAGACGGUAAUAUGGUUUCCGAACCCAUCCUAAACUCUGGAAAUCUUCUAACUACAUUUGGUAGCUGGGCAAUACGGGACAGUCAAUUUAUCUUCCCCGAAGGUAUAUCUUGUGAUCCCUGUACAUUGGAGCUUAUGGUUGAAAAUCUGGGCCGAGCUAAUUUUGGAACCCCGCAUGUAUUCAUGAAUCAGAAAAAGGGAAUCUGGGAGGGGGAUAUAAUUAUUGACGGAGAAGUAGUUAAUGAUUGGGAACAUAUUCCUGUAGAGUUAACUGGAAAUAUGAUCAAAUCAUUUUCAGCAUGGACACCACUUUCCAGAAAAGAUAAGCUUGAGUUGGGACCUAAACUACUAAGAGGAACCCUGAAUGUUUCUGAUGAGCCGAGAGAUACAUAUUUCGACUACAACUGUACCGAGUGUUUGGAAUGGAAGCACGGAGCUGUGUUUAUUAAUGGGUUCAAUGUUGGAAGAUAUCAUCAGGCUGGUCCCCAGAAGACUCUUUAUAUUCCUGGAGCUCUACUAAAGGUUGGAGAAAAUGAGGUUGUGAUAUUUGAAAACUAUCUUGGAUCCAAUAUAUUCAAAACCACAGAUAUGUACAAUUAUGGAAAUCCUACUGACAAUUAAAACUAAAACGCAUUGCUGUAUUAAAGUUUUUGUGGUGCAACAUUUUUCAUUAAAUCCCGAAGAAAUUUUUUUUCUGAUGAUUAAAACUCCUAUUUUAAGCAGUGAAUUAAAAUCUAAAUGUUAGAACAUUUCGUUUCUAAAAAAACUUUGUUUUGUUCGUUGAAGCAAACCCAUGUUCAGCUCUUUAGGAUUGUCAUUUACCACUUUGAUAAACCGGAUAAUUUUAAUUAUUUAUUUUUACGUUGAACAAUUUUUUAUUAAAA